AUGGACAGCCUAAUUGUACCAACCACGCCGGAGCCGCAUCUUUUAAGUCAUGCCAGCCUACCUACUGUAGAGCACCUUCGUGCGUCUGCGUCUUGUUCCACAUCUCAAAUUGCAUCGAUUUUGCGUCAGCUACCGCCUCCGCCAAAAUAUGAUAUUGCCGUAACAUCUGUCGACGCACCUCCACCGCUCUACACCGACAUUGGCAAAGACCUGGGACCAUUCGGAUUCCGAACGACGCCUUCUGGCGCCCGACCCGUCGGAAUUCAUAGAAGCUUCCAGAAUCAACAUCAUCUGACGACGCCUACAGUACAACCAUUGAAUAUACAGUAUUUGUAUCCGCCAAAAUAUGAGAAAUUGAGGAAGAAGAAGCUCACACGAUGUGUGAGCUCUUAUUAUAGACAGGAGCCUGACUUUUAA